GAGAGAGAGAGAGAGAGGUGUGAAAGUUUGACAAUAGCAAUACAACAACAUAGGGAAUUAGAGAGUAAAUUAAAGAACUUGGUUGGUGGGUCAAUUUAAUACUAAGUAUGGAUCUGGGUUGAGGCAAAAUAUUAUAUAUAGUUUUUCUUUUAGGUACAGAAAAUAUUAUAUAUAGUUACUCAACUAGUUACUCAUAAAAUAAAAGGUCAGCAUAUUGAGGACAGGUAAAGAGUAAGACAAAUUACUCAACUCAAAGAGGAGCUGUGCUUCAAAGCCCAACUUCUUCUUCUUCUCUCCUAUAGGCAGCUGCAGGAAUGGCUUCAGAUUCUCAAAUUUAUCACUUCGAUGAGGUGGCCAAGCACAACCACAAGAAAGAUUGCUGGAUCAUAAUCUCUGGAAAG